AUGACCUCUCACUCUCAUAUCUUGGUGGAAGAGAAAUUUAGUGCUAGAAUCUUGACAUUAAACAGACCCGCGCAGCUGAAUGUUCUGUCUUUGGACAUGAUGACUAGGUUACUGAAACUGUUCCUUGCAUAUGAGGAGGACCCUAGUGUGAAACUUGUCAUCCUUAAGGGUCAAGGAAGAGCCUUUUGUGCUGGUGGCGACGUUAAACCUACUGUUCGUAACAUCGUAGAAGGCAAAUGGAGACUCUCGGCUGAUAUAUUCGCUGAGGAAUACAUGCUCAACUAUGUUAUGGCCACAUUUAGCAAAAUUCAGGUUUCAAUUUUGAAUGGUAUCGUCAUGGGAGGCGGAGCUGGUCUCUCCAUCCAUGGUCGGUUUCGUAUUGCAACUGAGAACACGGUUUUUGCAAUGCCUGAGACAGCUCUAGGGCUCUUCCCUGAUGUAGGCGCCUCCCACUUCUUGUCAAGGCUCCCUGGAUUUUUUGGAGAGUAUGUUGGCCUCACAGGAGCUAGGUUAGAUGGUGCUGAAAUGCUUGCUUGUGGUCUUGCAACUCAUUUUGUGCCUUCAACGAGGUUGACCGCAUUAGAAGCAGAUCUUUGGAGAGUUGAUUCAAAUGAUCCAAACUUUGUCUCAAAAAUUCUCGAUGCAUACGCUCAGCAUCCGAACCUUAAACAGCAUAGCGCUUACUACAGGUUACAUGUUAUUGAUAGGUGUUUCUCUAAAAGAACAGUCGAAGAUAUUAUAUCUGCACUUGAGAGAGAGCUUACUCGGCCCACUCAGGAACCAAAUGAUUGGAUCUCAACAACCAUUCGUGCAUUAAAGAAGGCUUCACCAUCAAGCCUUAAAAUCUCUCUUAGAUCGAUAAGAGAAGGAAGAUUGCAAGGUGUGGGACAAUGUCUUAUUCGUGAGUAUAGAAUAGUGUGUAAUGUGAUGAAGGGAGAUAUAAGCAAUGACUUCGUGGAGGGGUGCAGAGCCAUAUUGGUAGACAAAGAUAGGAACCCAAAGUGGGAGCCAAGAAGACUAGAGGACAUGAAGGAUAGCAUGGUAGAUCAGUACUUUGAACGAGUGGAUGAAGAAGAAGGAUGGGAGGAUAUUAAGUUUCCGCCAAGGAAAAAUUUCCAUGCUUCAGGAAUCAUAGCUAAGCUGUGAAGUGGAGAAAAAGGAUCCAUGAGACAACCUUUCGUCGUCAGAACAAAACAGAGCAAUAAGACCAUAUGUGUUGUUUCAUUUGUUCGAAAGUGUUCUUUCGCUUGUUCAUCUUAAUAAUCCAUCCAAAUAAUGUAUAUACAUCUGAUUGUUGCUUGUUUUAUAUUUGGUUAUCCAUCUAGAUGCUCCAUAUAA